GCAUUACUGGGGUCCAUAGAAAUCUUGACAGUUUCACAGGUGAGAGAGACGUCGUGGGUUAAGCUGCUAGCUCCGGGGUUGUUUUACUUUCUCUUUCAGUUCACCGGUCCUACCAUACGCUUCGAGUCUGGGGUUGCCACAGUCAAAAAACACGAACUCCAAGUCCUAUCACCACGGCACCAUGAGCAGAAAGAAAAAGGACUGGAAGACAGAGAAAGACAGAGUGUUGAAUAUGUCAUUGGAGGAGAGGCGUAAGGAGUACCGUCGGUCUGAAUAUGUACCUCUGGACCAAAUCAACACCUGGAAACAGUCUCAGAGCACAGAAGUGACAGAGGAAGAGGAGCAGAAGGACCUUCUGAGAGACAAAGUAUCUCUCUACAAGGGUGACAUCACCAUCCUCGAGGUCGAUGCCAUAGUUAACGCAGCUAACUCCAGUCUUCUGGGAGGUGGUGGAGUUGACGGCUGCAUACACAAAGCGGCAGGCUCCUGUCUGUAUGAAGAAUGCAUCACACUCAACGGCUGUGAAACCGGCAACGCCAAGAUCACCUGUGGCUACGACCUACCGGCUAAAUAUGUGAUCCACACUGUGGGCCCUGUGGCCAGGGGACAUGUGGGUGAAACAGAGACCAAGGACCUGACAGCCUGCUACCAGAACUCGCUGGAGCUGGUCAAAGGGUUCGGACUGCGCUCUGUGGCCUUCCCAUGUAUAUCCACAGGAAUCUACGGUUUCCCCAACGAGCCCGCGGCAAAUAUUGCCUUGGAGACAGUAAAGAGCUGGGUCAAGGAGAACCAUGACAAGAUCGAACGCGUUAUCUUCUGUGUCUUCCUGGAGGCGGACUACAGGAUCUACAAGGAAAAAAUCCUUCAAGUCUUCCAAGAUAACGAUGUGACUACAGAAGAGGACACUGAGGAUGGACAGAAGACAGGAGCAGGCACAUCCCCUUCUAAGGAAUCCAGAAGCAAGAAUCAGAGUGAAGACCGCCAUGAUGACGAUGAGCUAGAUCCACCUAAAGAAGACGUUGACAACCAUACAGCCAUGGAGCAAGAUAACCUGGACGCACAGACAGGAGAAGCAGAGGAAAAGAAAGCUGACGAGAAGAGUGAAAAUAAAGAAAUGGAGGAUGCUACUGGAGAAGCAGAGGAAAAGAAAGCUGAUGAGAAGAGUGAAAAUAAAGAAAUGGAGGAUGCUACUGAACCUGAAGAGAAGGAUACGGAGAAAGAAAAGGAUACGGAGAAAGAGAAAGAGAAAGAG